AUGGCUAUAAAAGGCAUCGAUGCGGCCGAGGACGACGCGCGGGAAGACGAAACGCGGCGGCGGUGGGAGGGCGCGCUCCUCGACGCGGCCUGCUACGGCGACCUCGACCUCGUCGCCAGGAUGGUGGAGGCGCUCGGCAUGCCCACCGCCGCCGUCCGGUCGACGAGCGGCCACGGGGCGCUGCACGUGGCCGCGGCCAACUGCAGGACACGCAUCUGCUGCUACCUCGUCCAGGAUCUCGGCUUCCCCGUCGACCCCCUCUCCGACACCGGUGAGACGCCGCUGCUCCUGGCGGCCACGCUCGGCCACACCGCGACGGCGGCCUGCCUCCUGGCGCACGGCGCCAGCCCGCACGCCCAAGACCACGACGGCGAGACGCCGCUCCAGUGGGCCGCCUACAAUGGGGACCUCGAGCUGGCGACGCUGCUCCUGGACAGAGGCGCCGACGUGGCCGUGGCGACCCCCCGUGGCACGGUGCUGCACGUCGCCGCCACGCAGGCGCACCCGAACGUUGUCGCCUUCCUGCUGCGCCAUGGUGCCGAUCCGAACAAGCUCGUCUGCCGUGUCUUCACACCCUUGGUCUCAUCGAUUCUUGGCGGCUUUCUGGAAUACAUGAAGAUGAUCAUUCAGGCCGGGGCUAAUGUUAACACCGGUGGAUCUUCUGGAACGGUCCCUCUCUUGGUAGCAUGCAGCCGCCGCGGCAACAUCUGGCUCGUCGAGUGCUUGCUGGAAGCCGGAGCAGAUCCAAACAUUACUGAUGAACUUGGUAGGUUGCCGAUAGAAAUCGCCGCUGUCCAUGCUGAAAGGAAAGUUGUUCGAGCUCUGUUUCCUGUGACUCAACGCCCUACAACUGUGCUUGGUUGGAGUGUUGCUAGCAUAGUGAGACGUGUAAAAUCUGCUUCUUACAGGGAGCGGCUGGAAUGUACGAGGAAGGAUGAACUAAAACUACAAGGAAACAAGGCCUUUGAAAUCAAGGACUACGAUGCGGCGAUUCCUCUGUACAGCAUGGCACUGAAGCUCGACGAUACGGAUGCCACCUUAUAUUCAAACAGGAGCAUCUGUUGGCUGCAUCUUGGUGACGGCGACGAGGCUCUUUCGGAUGCCCAGGCCUGCACCAGGGUCUGGCCUGACUGGGAGAAAGGAUACUACCGUCAGGGAAUGGCCUUCCACUUGCUGGAGGAUUACGUCAGUGCUUGUGCCGCGUUUAGCAAGGCAUUGGAGCUUGAUCCGGGGAAUCCGAUCAUCAUCAACGCCCUCCGGGAUGUCUCGGGGCGAGUGGACCGUGUCGCAAGAUCGCCGUGCUAG